CACUGUUUCUGGAAGUCCAAGCAAGACUGAAGAGAAUCAGAUUUCUCCAAUUACCAUCUGCUGGUCCUCCCCUGCUUCCAAUAUUCUCUGCUCUGGCCUCUCAAGCACUAUUUUAAGUUCUCCAAUGUCUGGCAGACCGAGGAAUGAAGAGAAGAGUGAAGUAGCAGAAGCUGGUCGGAGGGAAAAUCCAGAAAGAACCUUUGAUUUGGUACUGAAAGUGAAAUGUCAUGCCUCUGAAAAUGAAGAUCCUGUGGUGUUGUGGAAAUUCCCAGAGGACUUUGGAGACCAGGAAGUGCUGCAGAGCGUUCCCAAGUUCUGUUUCCCCUUUGAUGUGGAAAGGGUAUCUCAAAAUCAAGUUGGACAGCACUUUACCUUUGUACUGACAGACAUUGAAAGUAAACAGAGAUUUGGGUUCUGCAGACUCACUUCAGGAGGCAAAAUUUGUUUAUGUAUCCUUAGUUACUUGCCAUGGUUUGAAGUCUAUUAUAAACUUCUAAAUACUUUGGCAGAUUACUUGGCUAAGGAACUGGAAAAUGAUUUGAAUGAAACUCUGAAAUCACUCUAUAACCACCCUGUACCAAAGGCAAACACUCCUGUCAGUUUGAGUGUGAACCAAGAGAUAUUUAUUGCCAGUGGGCAAGUUCUGAAAGAUCAGCCCUCACUAAUACCGCAUUCCUGUUUCAUUGCCCCUGACAUAACUGGACUCCCAACAAUACCGGAGAGUAGAAACCUGACAGAAUACUUUGUUGCUGUGGACGUGAACAACAUGCUGCAGCUGUAUGCCAGCAUGCUGCACGAGAGGCGCGUCAUCAUCACCUCCAGCAAAUUAAGCACUUUAACUGCCUGUCUCCAUGGAUCGGCUGCUCUGCUCUACCCAAUGUACUGGCAGCACAUAUACAUCCCUGUGCUUCCUCCACACCUGCUGGACUACUGCUGUGCCCCAAUGCCAUACCUGAUUGGAAUACACUCCAGCCUCAUAGAGAGAGUGAAAAAUAAAUCAUUGGAAGAUGUGGUUAUGUUAAAUGUUGACACAAACACUUUAGAAUCACCAUUUAAUGACUUGAGCAACCUACCCAGUGAUGUGGUCUCGGCCUUGAAAAAUAAACUGAAGAAGCAGUCUACCGCUACCGGUGAUGGAGUGGCUAGGGCCUUUCUGAGGGCACAGGCUGCUUUGUUUGGAUCCUACAGAGAUGCCCUGCGAUACAAACCUGGUGAGCCCAUCACCUUCUGUGAGGAGAGCUUUGUAAAGCACCGUUCAAGUGUAAUGAAAGAGUUUCUGGAAACUGCGGUUAACCUUCAACUUUUUAAGCAGUUUAUUGAUGGUCGACUGGCAAAACUCAAUGCAGGAAGGGGUUUCUCUGAUAUAUUUGAAGAAGAGAUCACUUCAGGUGGCUUUUGUGGAGGGAACCCAAGGUCAUACCAACAUUGGAUGUAUACAGUGAAGAAGGGGGGAGCAUUGCUCAACACAGCAGUAACCAAAGCCACGCCUGCUGUGCGAACAGCAUAUAGAUUUGCAAAAAAUCAUGCAAAACUGGGAUUAAAAGAAGUGAAGAGUAAACUGAAGCACAAGGAAAAUGAGGAAGAUUAUGGGACUUGUUCUGGUUUGGUACAAUAUACACCAGUUUACACAUUACACAAUGAAAAAUUUGGAGUCACAGAGAAGUGUAAGCUUUCCCAGGCACACUUUAAAAGGCCUCAUAAGAGCCUUGAUGGUGCUCUGUUUGAUGAUGACGAUGAUAUUGAACAAGCAAGCAAGGUAUCUUCUGAAGAUGGUGAAGAAACCUCUGCUUAUUUCUAUGAAAGUGACGACUCUGUUGAAACAAGAAUGAAGACUCCUUACUCAGGGGAAAUGGACUUACUAGGCGAGAUCCUGGACACUUUGAGCACUCAUAGCUCAGAUCAAGGAAAGCUGGCGGCAGCCAAGAGCCUGGAUUUCUUUAGAUCAGUUGAUGAUAUUGACUAUAAGCCUAUGAACAAGUCCAAUGCUCCUAGUGAGAAUAACUUGACCCUACUGUGUGCUUCUGGUGAUCAGACACAGUGGAAUCUUGGGCAGGACGACAGUGCCCUGCAUGGCAAACACCUCCCUCCAUCCCCCAGGAAGCAGGUUUCCUCCAGUGGUUUGACCGAUUCUCUGUUUAUCCUGAAAGAGGAAAACAGUGAAAAGCCCCUUGGUGCUGACAUUGUGAGUGGCCCUUCUGUGGUGGAAAAGCCAGCUUCUACUUUGGGAUUGGGUUUUCAACCAGCUCCCCCUGAAGUUUCCCCAAUGGAUAAAGGAAAAACAGAAAAGAAGGAAACACUAAGUCAGGGUUCAGAGGAUCAGCCUGUAGCCAGCCCCGGGCGACGCCAAUCUACUCUAGUUCCCUGGGAGAAAGAAGGGAAAGAAGCAAAGGAGCCCCCAGAAGAUAUUGGACUGCUCCGUGAAGUAGUGUCAUUAUGUCACUUGCCAUGUGACUUCCAACAAGGCUUAAAUAUAUCCGAAGAAAGCAGAAGUGAAAACCAAACUUAAGUUACCAAUGGAGGGUCAGUCAUUUGCAUCUCCCCUUCUAAGGAGACAUUUUAGAAUUCCAUAUAAUUUGUACAGUGGACAGAAUUACCUAUAGGAAUAACAACUCUUACUGCUAUUUAAUUGUUUUGCAUUAGGAACAUUUUCCCCACUUGUUCAUCUCACGAAUAUGUGUUAUCCAUUGGUUUUCAGAUAUAAGUGAAUCUUCUGCACUACUAAAUCAGGUAGUACUUUGUAUAUGUGCUGAAAAUCUGUGUUGAACAUAAGCUUUCCUAGUAUUUGGUGCUUAUUGCCAUUCAUCCUGUUUAAAGUAUGCAUAGAUAUUCUUGCAUCUAACCAGUAGCCACUGAACUAAUCUGGUUAAGAAUGAACUUGUCAAGAUGUCAGAACUUAUCAAAAAGAGCCUGAAGUUAAUGAAAUUGUUAACCCACUAAUUGCCUUAAUCUUAAAGCUAUGUUAAGCAUACAGAUAAUUUAAGAAGUUACAUGUAAAGCUUGAAAGAUAAAUUAUUUUGUCCUGCAGAGCAAUAAUGCCUUUUUCUAUUCAUGGAAUGAAGGUCAAAAUUUUUUUCAAGGUUUCGAAGCUCUCGUGGAAUAAUUUUAUUUUGUAAAGACACUGCAGCCAUCUUUUCCACAAAAUGUAAAUGUGUAAAUUUACCUUUUACUCAGUGAAUAUAUGAAGUGCUGGAUACAAUGUGAAGUUAAUAACUUCUGUUUACAAAUAAGCCACUUAAAAUGUUCACAAUCUGUCUGUCUGCCAUUGCUGAGUAAGCAGUCCAUCUCAAGAAAGCCAAAUGCCAUGUAAAGUGUCAGGGAAGGAUUUUUAUUCUUUUCUUAAUAAUUCACCAUCAAAAAAUUCACAUCCUCAACUCAAAUUUCCUUUUUAAGAUAAUUAACUUUGUAUUUUUAAAAGUUCUAGCUUUAUAGGAAAAUGCAAAGACAGUACAGAGAGGUCCUACCUACCAGUCUCCUCUAUUAGCAUCUCAUAUUAGUUUGCUCCCUUUGCCACGGUACACAGCCAGCCUUGAUGCGUUAAUAAUACUCCUCAUGGUGGUCAGAGCUCUGGCUCUUCCAUAAUGGCCCUUUUCUGUCCUUUACCCCCUUCUGGAUUCCAAAUUGCAUUCCACUGUCAAGUUCUGCAGAGGCUCCCCUUCUCCCAGGCUCUUCACUUGCCUUGUUUUGAUGAACUUAAAGGUUUGAAGAGUAUUGGUCAGAUGUAUUGUCCAGCGCCCUGCUCCUGCAAUUUGCUGGAUAUUUUUCGCAUUAUUAGACUGGGAUUAUUACAGGUUUGGGGGAAUAUCACUGAAGUGUCAUUUUCACAUCUUAGUAAGGGUAUAUACUGUCAACAUGUGUUGAUGUUGAAUUUGAUGACCUGCUGGGUUUCUCCAUUAUAAUACCCCUUUUCUCUUUUGUCAUAGUAAAGAAGGAACAGGGGAGGGAGGGAGGGAGGGAGGGAGAGAGGGACAAUUAACAGCCCACACAGAGAAUUAUGCUUUAUGUCCUUUAGGGCAGAGGAAUAUCUAAAUAAAUCAUUUGUAAUUUUUUGCUAUGGGAAAUUUGCCUCCCUCAAAUUUACUGUUAUCACACAUGUUAGACUAGACUUGCAGGAAGAGUCAGGAAGAGAAAACGGAAACCUAGUGAUGUAACGCUUAAUUUAUUUCUACAUUCAUUGUAUUUAUUCUGUACCUCAAAUCAUGAUUUUUUUUAAUUGUGUUUUUUAGAAAAAGUGUUUGAAAAACCUCUUGAGAACCCCAGUAAGUCUGUGCUCUGGAGUAUUAAGUAAUUUCAGUUAAAAUUCUAGAAGGAGAUUUGUUAAACAUAGUGCUUAAAGUAUUUAUGCAGGCCAUUUUUAACUUCAUUUCAAAAUCUAAAUAGAUGUGUUUUAUUUGAGGUAAUUGUUGAUAUGUUUGUAAUGGAAGAUGGAUCUUGUUGUCCUUAAAAAGGUGGACUAUUUACCUAGAAAGAGAAAAAGCAUUUCAUCAUUUUUUUACACAAAAGAUUCAAGGUUGUUGUCAAAUUUUCCCUAGAUUUGAUCUCCAUUGAAGAAAGCCACAUAUCAAAAGAGCUAUUUUUAAUGAGAAGGAAAAAAGUUAUUGUAAUGAUUAAUCUGCUGGGCAAAUAGUCCUUCAUAAUUUGCAAAAAGGAAUACAUAGGAGCCUUUAAUAAGAAUUAUGAAAGGAGGCCUUUUUCUGCUUCAGAAUUCAUUAUCUGAACCUGUGUGAAGCAUGGAACGUGCUGAGUUUCAGUCCAUUUGCUUAGUGAAUUCAUGCCCAUAGUUCCUAAUUUUCUGUGCUUUCAGUCACCUUGUAAGGCAUGCAGUGGUAAUGUUGUGCUAUUCUGAGGACAUUUAGAUACUCUGUAAUUGUCUUAAGGUAUUUUAAAGCAAACUGUGCCUUACUGCAACAAACAAAAAUGACUGUUUUACUCUGUGUUAAAAAACAAAAAAUUCUGCACAUUGUUUUUGAAAAGAGUCAGAAGACUAGUCGCAGGUUUUGGAAGUCUGUUUUGCAACCUGACUUUCCAGUGUCACUGUGCACAGGCGCAAAGGAAGGGAUGUUAGGGUGUGUUCUGGAAUAAACUGAGGUAUUAUUUUCUACCUGACCAUAUUUUCUUUUAGCCAAACCAAAUAUUUUUAAGUUCCCCAAUGUUCAAAAAUAUUUCCAAAGCAGCAGCUCCUAUUCUACAAAAGGCUCGUAUAGCUGCAGCUUGGGCUCUGGUGCUGUGUGUGCCCUCCAGACUGAGCUGUGCCUGCCUGAGUCCCAUUCAGGAGUUAGCGUUCACCCUUCAUAUUACAUCCCUGGUGUCCCAGGGGAGAGGGAAGAACGAUAAACUUAGGAGCUGUCAUUAAGUGAAGAUGUUGCUAAGUGCCAUAUUUUGUGAUUACCUAAUUUAGCAUAUCUUAUGCAUCUCAGUAUGGUAUUAUUAUUUUUCUAAUUCAUAGCUUCCUCACUGACAAGAUAUUUAUUGACUUUUUGUACCAGUCCAGGAGCAAGAUAUGAUAACUAAGUAUGUCAGGAUAAGGGAGAAAACUAAAUAAUAACUCUGCUCUGAAGAAUUCAAUUAGAAGGAAAAAGACCUGCAAAUGUGUUAUAAUAAUAACAGUGAUAACAAUAAUAUAAUACUAUACUUGCUUAAAAGGUACUUGAGCAAGAAUCAACACCAAAAAGAUUCUUUUUUAAGAAAUAGAUGCUUAAUUUAAAGUAUGUUCUGAGUACAGAAUCAUAAUACUGUUUCUAAUUUUAUUAGCUCUCUUAAUAUUAUCACAAUUACAAAAAUGCUGCUAAGAAACCAAUUUUUAUAGGGAAGAUUAGGAGACAUAUUGAGAGGCUAAGUUCCUUGUGUCAGACCUUCCACAUGGCAUGAUGCGCCUUUGCAGUACCAAGGACCACUUUCUCCAGCUGAGGAGUAACUUAAGGUAUAGAUAGGAACCUGGUUAUGUUGAAAGGUAUAGAUGGGAACCCGGCUAUGUUGAUGGGAGUCCAAUUUUU